AUGGAUGUCGGUCCUAAUGUACGUUGGUCAGUAACAGCUUCGAACAGAAGACUUCGUGAAUUAGAGAGACGUGGACGUAGACGUGGACGUGCUCGAGUGCAUGAUGAUGACAUGCACAUUGCCAUGGAUGAUGAUCCUAUACAUGGUGCACCAGUUAUGGAUGAUAUUGCUAUGGAUGAUGACCCUACUGGUGAUGAUGUUGACAUUGUUGAUGAAGAUAUCCUUACUCAGCCAUUUCUGGGAGGUCCAACUGAUCCAUCAAUCCUUAAAAGUUUUAAAAGUCAUGUUGCCGCAGCUAUUUGGAAUGGUGCUUAUGAAAGGGGGCCCUUAAAGUGUCAUAAUCACUCAUCUAAGAUUCGUUCGUGGCCGUGGUGGGAACAAGGAAACAACGCUACAUUUGUAAACAUUGUGGAGAUGUCAGAACUUGCACAAUUCGCUCGUUGCACGUACCGCUUUGUCAAUAAAAUUGUAGUGUCUAGUUUUGUUGAGAGAUGGCAACCGGAGACAAAUACCUUCCAUUUGACUGUUCGAGAGAUGACUAUCACAUUGGACAAUGUCACCACUAUCCUAGGGUUUCCCAUUGUAGGCAAAUCUAUUAGUGUGCGUAAGUUGUCAGAAAGGCGGGCCAUUGCAUUAGUAGUUAAUGCCUUGGAAAUUGAUGAGCAAGACGUCAGACAUGAGAUAUGUACUGCCGGAGGCAAUUCAAUGAGGCUUGAGUGGUUGAGGACACACUUUCAUAAUGUCAUAGACAAUGAUUCAAUGGAAAGAAUUACAUGUGCAGUGACAAGACUUGUACUAGGGUCCCCGUGUUUGUUAUCCGAUUUGACGACUGUAUCUUCAUAUGCUUGGGGUGCUGCUGUAUUGACAUACUUAUAUAGACAGAUGGGGUACGCUAGCAGGUCUGGUAUGAAACAAAUAGCCAGUUACAUGACACUUCUUGAGGGAUGGGUUUAUGAGAACUUUCGUGGAUUCUGA